AUGGACAUAGGCGGAGGAGGAGGAGAAGGAGAAGGUGGGUUGGUGGUGCGGGGGAGAGUGGAGAUCGAUAUGCGACAGCCUUUCCGAUCAGUGAAAGAAGCAAUUUCAAUUUUUGGGGAAAAGGUUCUUGCAGGAGAAGUUUAUGCAAAUAAACUCAAAGAGAUGGAAAUAAAAAAGAACACUGGAAAAUACACAUCAAGAAUUGGGGGUGAUCAUCAUGAUGAACAGACAAAGCAGCAAAGUGUUGAAAAAGAAAAAGAAAAAGAAGAAAGCAAUAAUCUGAUGGUUCAGUGCCUCAACUCUCUGAGACAAGAGCUUGAACAGACUAAAAUGGAGCUACAACAAUUGAAAUCCAAAGAAUCCCACAUCAAGAACGACAGCCAAUCGUUUGAACCAGAAAUUGAAGAGCUAAAGUUUAUCGAAAACACAGCUGAAAUCAAGAAGCCAACUGAAGAAGAAAAUGGCUUGCAAUUUGAGAGGAAGAGAUCUGUUAAGUUUGCAAGUCCUCCAUUGUUAACUCGAGUUAUUGUAAGCGAUGAUGGAGGUAAAGACGUAGAGCAAAAGCCUUCACCAAAAAAGAAACCAAAGAAGAAGCCAUUAGUAUCAUUAAUGGGAGGGUUAUUUUUGAAGAAAGAAGGGAAACAAACAAAGUCAAUAUGA